AUGGCAGAUAAACCUACAUGGACCAAUGACCAAACAAAAUUCUUAUUGAACACUUGCAUUGAAGAAGUACAAAAUGUGGGUAGAAAAGGUUUGAGUUUGCACAAAAAUUCAUGGAACAAGUUAGGAACAACUAUUAAGGAAAAGUUUGGUGUGGAUUUGACUCAAAGACAAUUGAAAAACGCCUAUGACAACCUUAAAGCCAAAUACACGGGAUGGUUAUACUUGAAAAACAAAACUGGCAACCUUUACAAUCCUCAAACAAACACUUUUAACCUAACAAAUAAGGAGUGGGAGGACUUUAAAAAGGGACAUCCGAAAGCCGCUUCUUUGAAAACUGUCCCAUUGUUGUUUCCAGAGCUUUGUGCAGAACUCUUUGAUGGAAAUAGUGCCUCUGGUAAUCUCAGCUAUACCACAUCCCAAACACCAUCGGGACAUGGAUCAUCUUCUUUCCAUGUCACACCACUACAACUUAUGGACACCCCUUCUGUUAACAUAGAUGAGGAUGAUUUCUUUUCCAAUCAUACCACUCAGCCACCACCUUCUGCUGCUUCACCUUCUUGUAACCCCCAACAAAAGAGCUAA